GUAUCACUGAAUGGUCUCCAACUCUGAUACUAACACAAAAGAUAAACCGCGUCCAAUCAUAACAACCGUCCGAUCAAACGCCACGUCAUCAAUCCUUUUCCAACCAUAAUCCAACGGUCCAGAUCAUACUUCCGUUUAGCUACUCUGAAGAUCGACGAACCGACUCUAUUCUUCUCGCUCUUCUUCCUCUCUCGUUCUUCAAUUUAAUCCUCAAUUUAUUUUUUAAUUUUGUUUCCUUUUUUCCUCAACGAUGAAGAUGUUGAUCGAAGAAGAACUUGUGAUUGAAGGUGAAGAAGAAAUUCAACAAAAAAACGAUGAGAAUUUUGACGGUGAAGUAGUAGAAGACGGUGAAGAAGAGGAUGAUGAUGAUGAUGAGGAAGAAGAAGAUGAUGAUGACGACGAUGUGGAGGAGGUUCUGCCGGGAUCUGGUGGUGGUCCACCGGCACAGGCGGUGGACGAUGAGGAUGAAGAUGAUGACGAUGACGAUGAGGAAGAAGAUGAAGAUGAUAACGGUGAUGAUGACGGUGACGGUAGCGACGAUGAUGAUGAUGAAGGUGAUGAAGAUGAGGAAGAAGAUGAUGAAGACGAUGGUGGUAAAGUUGAGGCUCCGGCCAAGAGAAAGAGGUCCAAGGAUGAUGAUGGUGAUGAUGAAGAUGGUGGUGAUGAUGAUGAUGAUGAUGAUGAUGAUGAUGAUGAUGAUGAGAGACCAUCUAAGAGAUAGAAGGAUAAAUUGCUUACUGUUGAUGUAGUUUUAAAUUUUAAUUUUAAUGGUGUUUUGGAUAAUGUUAGGAUGAUAAAUAAGGGGUUCUCAAAAACUUUGGUUUCGUGUAAAAUUGAUAAUUUGGAACUUUGAAAUUGUAACCUAUAAGUAUUGUAUUGUUCAGAUGUUUCAUUUUGAUA